AUGCCGUCGGCUUUCACAGCAUAUCUGGCUGACCAUUACGCGGAGUUAAGGAACUUAGCGACGCAGGUUGGGCGACGUAAAGCGAAACUUCGUCUGCUUGAAAGCUUUUGGACACAGCCUUUCGAAGAGAAAGAGUGUAAUGGACGAAUUGCCGAGGAUCAAGCGAGUCAUGAAAUCUUGACCGAAGCGCUUGAAGAUAUCCUCAAACUAGGUGGCGAGGAGGAAGCAGAGAUCGCUCAAUUUGUGGACGAGGCUAGAAUUGCUGGCGUCGUUGUUCGUACAGAUUUUUCAGAUGACACGGCAUGGACGAGGUUCUGUGAAACACUUAUGAGUGCAGAGAAAGAUCUUGCGAUGCCUAUUGAUGAGGAGGGAGCUGGAACAUCUGCUGCAGAUGGCGAAGGCGAAAGUGAUGAAUCUGAAUCUGAAUCUGAAUCUGACAACGAAGACGAAGAAAUGAAUGCGCCUGGUGAUGCUUCCAAAGCGACAUCUGCAUCUGAACCGGUAUCGCUUUUUGCAAUCCUUAGUCCGCCUACUUCAUCACCUUUGCGUGCACGUCUAUCAGGAAUAUCAAAUCUGGCAGCUCUGCGACUCCUCAAUGAUGUCGAUGCUGUACGUUCACCCGUUCCGGUCCCUAAAUCGAAUAGCGGACCUUCGAGUUCCGCAGGACAUCGUCUUGCCGGUUUGCACGGUUUUGUGGAAGCAUACACAGGACCUCUCAUAUGGGUGUAUGAUGCACGUUCGAAUACAGACCAAGCAGCACGCGUUGUCAGUCAGUGUGCCGAAGGCGUUGGGUCUGCAACAGGAGAUAGCUGGAGGGCACGAGCAUCGUUCCUCCCCGAGCUGCAGUUGAAUCUUAUUAGUGGAACUAUGAAGAUCGAUUUUGGCGGGCUAGAUCGGUGGGAUAAUGCGGAGCGACUACGAAACAUGUCAGAGGCAGACUCGUACGGAGUUUAGAGCAUUAUUGUAGGACUGGGCAGCUGACUACGAUUGUCUAAAUUUACAU